AUGCAUUUGCAGGUCAAAGCUCGUGUACCAUUGUUUCGUGGUGAUCUCAAGGACAACGCUUGCAACCAAGUCACUGCCUACCUUCGUUUAGGAUCCGAUAGCACUGCCUCUGCUAAACUUUUCAUCGAUAACCACAGUUACCACUAUUCCAUGCAGUUCGGCGACAAUGAUGUCCCGAAACCGGUGCGAAACAAACCUUACCAGGGUGAUAUCAUGGUGCACCUUAUGAAAGGUCGCUAUUUCAACGGACUGAAGUCGGUUGGUGUCGUAUUUGCACACAAAUUUACUGAAAUCGCGAAGAACAAAGCUGAACGGCCUGAGGUCUUGAUUCCUAUGGUCGCUUUGACCAGCACUUCGGUGUACGCGGCACUCUUUUGGAAGGCCCAGGGCUCUCCGCCUAAAUUUAACUUCACAGGGAAUCAGUUUAGCGAAGUCUACGUGUUCCAUGUGCAAUUUCUCGAGGAUCUGAAGAAGAACGCACCACAGAAAUUCCACAAACUCAUGGCGGACAUUUUUGCUGCAAUAGAUGGUCUCACGCAUACCAAGAAGGCUGGUACGGAUUCGAAAACUGAUGCACUUGCAUUCCUCGAUCUUGAUGGGAUGGAUGAGUAG